CGUGCAUACUGUUGGCAGCUUGUCACCCUCACCCACACCAGUGAAACAUCAUCGCUUAAUCACACUACAGCCAAGCACGCCAUGAAAAUGAAAGUUGCAGGCAUUUUAUUUUCCUUCGGCCUUCUUACUUUGAUUGCACUGAGUGGAGCAGAUUAUGCUUGGGAUAGCAACAAUACUCCUAAUUUGCCAGCUGCUAACAGUGAUUGCAGUUCUGAUUCAGAAAGCUGUAGUUGCUGUAUGAUGAAGCAGCUAUUGCAGACGCUGGAGAACCGAGUAAACUGGUCAAUCAAUUUCCUAAUGCAGCAGUUAAACUCUGUCACAGAUCAGCUUAACCAAGUGAAAUUGAGCAAAAUUGCCUUCUCAGCUGGCUUACCCUACAGUGAAACUUGUUUUAGCUCAAGCAACAUCAACAUAACUCUAAUUUACUCGGAUGUUUUUGUGAACCUUGGAGGAGCUUACAGUAGCACCACAGGAGUUUUUACAGCCCCCAAGAAAGGAGUUUACAGCUUCACAUUUACAGUGUAUACAAAAGUUCCAGUGACAGCCAAUACAAUGAAGAUGGCAGUGUACCUUGACAGAAACAGUGAGCCCAUCGUUGCAGUCCAUGACGUGAAUGGUUCUGAUGUAGAAGACAGUGCCACAAAUAACGUUAUCCUGCAGUUAAAUACCGGUGACACUGUGUCAGUAAAACUAGUGCAGCAGAUGUCUAUAUGUGACCCUGGCGGUCACUACAAUUCUUUCAGUGGUUUUCUACUGUUCCCCAUGUAACAUUAGCAAUAAAUUGAAUGCUUAUUCUGUUUUUUUUUUUUUUUUUUUUGCCUAUUAGAUAGCUAUGAUUCUGCAAACUUCUUUUGCUGUUGUUAAACCUUAUGUUACAAUUCUUUUUUUUCAGAUUUUAUUAAAGUUAACAUUAAAGAAAGGCUAUUUCCUAACCUUGUUAUUCUAUAAAUAAAUCUAAUGUGAAUAUGGA